AUGGCGCUACUCGCCUCGAAAUCGCAAUAUACUCACAAUCCUACAUAUGUUUCCGUUCCGUAUCAUCCGUCAGGACCGUCUCCGACAAAUUCAGAGUUCUCAGAACACUUCCAUAACCCAGAUGAUGUUAGGUAUGUCGGCCUUCUUUGCUUGGUUUACUCACCGAAAAUUCCUGGAAAAAAAAGGACAGUUCAACUCAUCACAUCAUCAUCUCAUCGCAGAAACUGGGACGAACUCAGAGUCGGCGAAUGGCUAGGAACUAUUAACUGUGCUCAAUACGAAGGCAUCUUUCGACGAAACAAUAUCACCGGUGAUACUUUGCUUGACGUCGACCAGGCUAUUCUCAAGCAGCUUGGAAUUACAAAGGUCGGCGACCGAGUCCGUAUAUAUGCUGCGAUCAAGGCCCUUCGAAAUAAGAUCACAGCGAGCUCGAUCAAGAACAGAAAUAGAAAAACACUUCUUGCCCUCGAUAGUAUUGCUACUCUCCCAUCUAUCAGCCCUUCCUACGAAGCCCCGAGAACUGGAAGCUUUUCCAGCUCGUCUCCUGGUCUCGGACGAAACCCAUACGCUGCUGAGGAGAGCCCGAAAGAUGACAAGUUCCGAUCCAGCAGGUCCAAGGGAGACCUCGGCCGCUCGAAUACCUAUAAAUAUGCACCAAACAGUGCUAGUUCGGUGACAGGAUCUACUCGACCGAUAACCGCUAUAUCCGAUGGACAGAAGUCUGCCGGUCUUGCAUCCGCUACUCAAUCCAGUAGUUUCAUCCCUAAGCAUGGGACGAAGCCUAGUAUCGACGGCGGUAUCAUGAAGAUGCCUAACAAUUACGUAAAAUUCAUUGGCUCUGAGGGCAGCACUAGAGUUGUUGCCAUCAGUGGUGCUAAGACAGCCGAUUUGAUCUUGCAAAGAGCCUUGAAGAAGUUUGGGUUGAAUGACGAAAAUCCAGUUAAUUGGUCUGUAUUUGUUACAGCCGAUAAAAGCACAAGAUACCUUUCCGAUGCAGAACUUGUCAAGAUCUGCCACGAUGUCAGCCGACCAGAGCGUGAACGGUUGAUUCUCCGACCCAGGAAAAAUGGUUAUCCAUCAGCACCCACAGUUCCCGAAUAUCAAAGGGCACAAGAGAUCGCAAAGGAACAAGCAGAAUUUGCGAAGCAGCAGCAGGUAUUGCAACAGCAGAUCGUCGACUAUGACACCCAACAAUCUCAAAAUGACGUUCCGGGCGCAUUGAAGUCGGAAUCUUCGAAAUCAAACUUACUGGAACCACCUGGAGCCAAUAACUCCCGUCCCAUAUCACCUGCCCUCUCCUACGCCUCUCGGGAUAGUGCUGUACCGAAACCACUCAAAGAUUUCUUUGGGCAAAGACCACCCAGCGAACUCAUCAGCUCCAACUUGGCUGAGUAUUUCCCUGAUCAGGAUUCAAAGGUCCUUAAGAAGACUAUUCGAAAUUCCAUGCGACACUCACGUCACAUGAGCCGAAUGAGCCGAAUGAGCACCGCUAGUAGAAUGAGCACUGCCACUACCAUGAGCUUUGCUGAUUCUAUUAAUGGUGCCCCACCUGUUCCGAGUAUCGGCGAUGCUUGGCUCAAUGCCUCGAAGAGCGGUGCUGGAGUUGAUGUUGGUGGUAAGAAGCGUCGACCGAUGUCUAGACGACCGGUCUCGAACUAUUCGGUUGACCGAAGUUUGUCCAUGCUUGAAGAGGAAGUGGUGACCCCUCGUCUGCCCAAAAGCCAGACUCUGCGCCCACGUUUCAGUACUACGCUUUCCGAGGCCGAUACCGACGACUCGAAAUCGUAUCUGGAUGAGAGCGACAACACCAGCACCACCGACAUGGAUACAGAACCCGAAGAACCAAGGGCUGGUGGACUGGCACCUGCUCCACCUGUGAUUAAGACCUCGCCUAUGCAACACCACAAUCUUCUUAUGCAGCUCCUCAACUACGAGGACAAGGAUGCUCAGGACGAUGAUGAAGAAGACGAGGAUACUGCUGGUCCCGAUACGAUCAAGAAACUUACCGCUAAGUCAGAUGAUGUUCCAGAUGCUGCUGCUGAGAGGCUCAGCGUAUCGAGUGCUCAAGACGAUUACGACGAUGAGGAGGAAGAGGAGGAGGAGGAUGAAGAUGACUAUGACGACGACGAUGAUGAUGAAGAUGAUGAUGAAGAUGCCGAGGGCGAAGGUGAUGACAAUCUUCACACCAGCUCGAAUGGCAUGCGUUGGAUCCGGGGUGCUCUGAUCGGUCAAGGUUCCUUCGGAAGCGUCUACCUUGCUCUGGAUGCUAUGAGUGGAGCCCUGAUGGCGGUCAAACAAGUCCCCUCGAAUGCCGGACACGGAGAAUCUAGGAAGAAGUCUAUGAUGGAGUCCUUGGAACGUGAGAUUGCGCUUCUCAAGGACCUUCAACAUGAGAACAUUGUGCAAUACCUUGGUUCCGAUUCUGAACCCGAUUGCCUCAAUAUCUUCCUUGAGUACGUUCCAGGUGGAUCCGUGGCUGCCAUGCUUAGCCAAUACGGCCCUCUCCCGGAACCUUUGAUCCGCAACUUUGUUCGUCAGAUUCUUACUGGACUCAAUUAUCUCCACAAUAAGGAUAUCAUCCAUCGCGACAUCAAGGGCGCCAAUGUUCUUGUCGACAACCGCGGCGGUAUUAAGAUUUCCGAUUUCGGUAUCAGUAAGAAAGUUGAAUCCGGUUUGAUGUCGCAGGCUAUGAGCCACCGGGCGUCGAUGCAAGGAUCUGUUUUCUGGAUGGCUCCUGAGGUCGUCAAACAGACAGCCUAUACUCGCAAAGCCGACAUCUGGUCCCUCGGAUGUCUCAUAGUGGAGAUGUUCACGGGAGACCAUCCAUUCCCUGGCUGUUCACAAUUCCAGGCUAUCUUCAAGAUCGGAAGUUUGUCAGUGACACCGACGAUUCCAGCCAAGUGUUCUGCUGAGGCAACCACCUUCUUGGAGAAGACCUUCAUCAUCGAUCAUACUAAGCGCCCAACUGCUGAAGAACUCCUUGGGUUCCCUUUUAUGAAAAUGGUCGUCGCUUAG